AUGGGCUUCUUUUCUUUUCAUCUGCAAAUUCUCAGAACAGAAUCUUUAUUCACUCUCAGAACAGAAUCUUUAUUCACUCUUUGUUCAAACAUAAGCACACGCAAAUGCGUGUAUCGCAAUCUUUCUACAGAAAUAUUUGAUCUUUGAGCAAGAAAAUGUCUGAAACCCCAGCGGAGGUUUGCCUGGUUCGCUGCCCUAAAUGUGAAAGUCUGCUGCCUGAAGUUACUGAUUACUCUGUUUAUCAGUGUGGUGGUUGUGGCGCUAUUCUUCGUGCAAGCCGUAAACCCAUCCACUCAGCAAAAGUUUCUAAUGAAGAAAACGAUGGGAUUUCAAACAAUAAGUCUAAAGAAUUACAAAAUGUCAAUUUCUCGAGUCAGAAAACAAAGAAUUUAAGUUCAGACUUCAAUCAAGAUGAUCUUAGAUGUAAGGAGAGCAUGCAGAUUGAUCAAAAGAUGGAGAAUUUGAACAUAAAUGGUGAAUCGGGAAACUUGGGACCCCAAAUAAACACUUCACGAAGACCUUUUCACUCCUCGAUUAACCAAGAUGAAAUCUUACGGAAAUUAGACGAACUUAAGGAUCAAAUUGUCCAGGCUAAAGAAAAAACUUCAUUUUCUAACAAUCUUAUUAGAUCACGACCUCCAAUUCCAUCCCCAUAUCAACAUCCUUACUUUUCCAGUCAAUAUGUUAGUAAAGAUUCGGAUACUCGUAUGCAAUUUCACCAUCCUUUAUGUUCUUGUCUGAUUUGCUACACCAAUCACCACCGUCCCCGCCCUCCACCACCACUUCACUACUGCCAUGACUAUCGAAAACCCUACACACAGUGGUCAGGCAACCUUCAUCGUCCCCGGAGACGGAUUUUAGCUGCCGGAGGGAGGCGGUGCCGCCUGGUAGCUGGCGGCUCUCCGUUUAUAGCUUGUUGCAAUUGUUUUGAAUUGCUUCAAAUACCCACGAAAAGCUAUGGAAAAACUCUAAAGAAAUUGAGAUGUGCAACGUGCUCUCAAGUGACCUUGAUUUCUGUUGUCGACAAGAAGCUCGUUAGCAACCCUGAGAAGAUCGGUGGUAAAAUUAACAAUGAAAAUAUGCAUAAAUGGCGUGUCAAUACCAUGGAGUUUUCUUCCAAUGAUUUUGAUGUUUCGGGUGAUUUUGAUUUCAAAUGGUUAGAUAGAAGUUUAUCUUCACUUCAAGAUCAUUUUGAUUAUUCAACAUCGAUUUCCCGCCAAAGCUCCAUGAAAGAUGUUGCCACUGAGAUCAAGAUUUUGUCAAACGAGUAUUGUGUUAACACUGGUACAUCUCAAGAAUCUUUGGAUCAACAAGAUGAUACAGGAGGACAUGAAUCUUUCUUGUUGGGUAUGAUCAAGAAAAGCUUCAAGCUUUCAAGAUCUAAUGAUGAUGUUGACCAUGGAAAAGUCAACGUUAUGGUCAACGGGCAUCCGUUGCCUGAUCGGGUGGUCAAGAAAGCUGAAAAGAUUUCUGGACCAAUACAACCAGGGGAUUACUGGUAUGAUUCCAGAGCUGGAUUCUGGGGCAUGAUGGGUGGCCCAUGUCGUGGCAUAAUUCCGCCAUAUAUCGAAGAAUUCAAUUACAUGAUGCCUGAAAAGUGUGCUGAUGGGCAUACAGGUGUUUUUGUGAAUGGGCGGGAGUUGCAUGAAAAAGACUUGGAUUUGCUUGCAAGCAGAGGGCUGCCAACCGAUAGAGAUCGAUCCUACAUAAUUGAGAUCUCUGGGAGAGUGCUUCAGGAAGGAUCCGGUAGCGAGCUUCAAUGUCUCGGAAAACUUGCCCCUACAGUUGAGAACAAAAAGCAUGGAUUUGGGAUGAAACCCCCGAAAAUGAUGGCUUAACAACGGAUUUAUGGAAUUUCAAUUGUUGCACUCCAAGAAAAUCUUGAAUUCGUGUUAUCGUUUCAAAUUUACUAAUUGGUCAUAUAUUAUUAAUUAAAUUAAUCCUGUUACUUAAUGUUGUCUUAUCACUUAUAGCAUGUAACUCAUAACAACCCAUCUAUGCAUUAAUCAAUUAAUUUUUAUUUCUUAAAAUAUUACCUCCAAGUAUUAAUGCCAUGCAUUCAAACUCUGGUUUUCUGACUUUUCUCUAUCUAUAGAUACAAUCGAAACAAAAUCACCAAAUGAGUUAAAUUGGCUUAAAUGAAUGGAAAAGAUCUUCAGUCACAACUCACAACUUUGUUUCACACUUGGAGUUCCAAAUCUCCAGCUUGAUCAUCACUUCAUCGGCAUGGCAGUAGUAAGCAUAUUUGUUGACCCUUUUUAUGACGAAUAAACUUCAACUCAUCAAUUUGACAAUUUAAAUACAAUUUUGACGAUAAAAUAUUUCUUUUCUAUCAAUUUGUUUUUGUGAUCAACCAAUUUUAUUUAUAUUAUUUAAUUAAUUUUUGUAUAAGUUGUCCAUUUUAUAGUCAUUUGGAUCCACACCAUCACUAAAAGAAUGGAGCUAGUAAGUCGUAAUUCUAUGGUCAUUGAUGCAUACUUCUGUUCUUUCACAUGUUUGAUUCCCACUAAAAUUGCAACACAGAAAUUCCGUCUUAGCAGUGCUGAUAUGUAGUUCUUUUUCUUCUAAAGAUGUCCUAGCAUUCAGCUUGUCUAAACUAUGUCGUCAGCAAAAAACAAACAUUAUAUGGGUCAUUAAUUGAAGAAUGUUGCUUAUUUUUAUUUUUAUUUAUUUGUUUUUUUAAUUAUAAUAGUUAUGUACUAAAUUUGCAUUCUUUUUUAG